AUGGCUGCUGCUCUUACAUCAACCUUUUAUUUUAUGAAGAAAGAUCCUCUUCAUUUGGUUGAGAAGCCUUACGAGCUCAAUUACGAGCCCCAAGUAGGGCAGCCACGCACUAAUAUGACAAUAAGCCCCGUCAAGGACCUUUCUGUCACAGAUAUCCGCAACAGCAAAUCUAAGUAUUCAUUUGAAAAAAACGGGUUUGAGGUUGUCAAUAUUGAUAGCCCAUUAACGCACGCCGAAUAUGAUGAUGAGACUAAAGUCAUCGAAGUCUACUUUUCAAAAGUAGCAGAGGUCCUUAAAAAAUUCCUUGGCGCUGAACGUGUUCAAGUCUUUGAUUAUAUGAUCCGUAAAUGUGACAAAGAUUUCCCUAUCUACACCGAAAAUUUCUACAAAUAUAAACAGCCCUCUUCGAUAGUGCAUGUAGAUACAACUCCGCAACAGACACGCAAGUUGAUCGAACGCAUGAACUUCAACGAGGCUGAGACACUCUUGAAGAAGCGACAUCAGUACAUCAAUGUGUGGAAACCGCUCCGAGGUCCUGUUGAGGAAUGGCCUCUUGCACUUUGUGAUCCAAGUUCAGUUGAAAAGAGUGAUUACAUAGCUCGAGAUUAUGUCGAGGUAGACUCAUACAUCGAAACAUAUCACUUGUAUCAAAGACCUUCCCAAAAGUGGUACUACUUAAGUAAUCAGACCGAACAAGAGGCCUGGGUCUUUUUGCAGUCAGAUUCAAAGCCUGACUCAAAGAUGGGCGUUCCCCACUGUUCAAUUCCAGUGAGACAAAAUCGGGAACAUAAAGGUAUGCUGAGAGAAAGUAUUGAAGUUAGGGUACUGGCAUUCUACGAUGAAGAGCAGACAUAG